AUGAUGAAGAAGACACAAUCUUGGAGGAGAUACUAUGUUUCAUACUGCACAGUGGACUUCAGGCACUCAAAGGCAACCCCCCCUCCCAAAGCAAUUAAGAUAUGGGCUCAUCUUACUGGAGUUCCACUUGAUCUCAGGCAUACGCAAGGACUCAGUCUGGUCGCUGGGCUUGUAGGUCAUCCCAAAGAGACUGAUGAAUUCACUCGAAACUUGAUCAAUCUCACCGUCUCUCAUGUAAAGGUUGAAGUUGAUCUGACUCAGCCUCUGCCUGAUAUUGUUGAAUUUGAAAGGCAGAGUGGAGAAGUGGUUGAGGUCUCUGUCCAUUACCCGUGGGUUCCUCCUACUUGUUCAUACUGCCAUGAACUUGGUCACAUUGUUAGAAACUGCUUAACUUAUACCCCUCCUCCUAAAGAAACCCCUCCUUCAAAUGAUAUCCCAUCCUCAUCCUCCUCUGUCCCGUCUCCUAUCCCUAAAACUACCCCUAACCCAGCUCUAAACCUCACAAAAACUUCCCAAAAUUUGGCCAAACCCCCUAUCUCUAAGCCUGUAACCUUCUCCCAACCUCAACCAGAAAUUCCUUUCAUUGUCGUGGGUCCUUCUAAAUCUUCUACCCGCUGGGCUCUCAAGAAAAACAAAACCCCUCAAAAAACCCAAAACCAGAACCUUCAUCCUUUUACUGCUCUCUCUUCUUUAGCUGCCCUGCCUCUUCUACCCAAUUCCUUUUCUUCUCCUGACCCUCCACCUCGACCUUCUCUAAAAAGAUCCCGCUCCUCUCCAACCCUCUCUCCACCCCUCUCGCUAAAACCCAAUCCUUUCGCUCCACCAGAUCUCCUAUCUGUCCCUGAAACUCAUGUAAAAGAACCUUUUCUAAACCCUCUUAUCUCAUUACUCUGCCCGGGAUGGAAUCACUUUUCAAAUCACCUAUCAGACCCUGAUGGCCGUAUAAUCUUGAUAUGGAGAGACCCAUUGAAAGUAAGAAUCCUUAGGCAGUCCAGGCAAUGCAUCACUUGUGUCAUCACCCUACCAAACCAACCUGCUCUUUACUACUCUGCGGUGUAUGCAUCGAACUUUAGUGAGGAUCGAUCAGACCUCUGGGUGGAACUGCUUCAAACUCAUAGUGAUUAUGAUCUUGAUAAUAAUUGUUGGAUUGUGGGAGGUGAUCUCAACCAAAUCAUGUAUCACUAUGAGCAUUCUAGUCCUGAAGUCUGCUACGCUGAUUCCCUGAUGUAUGAGCUCCAAAACUGUCUUUCUCAGGCUGGCCUGUUCGAUCUUCGAUACUUGGGUACUUGCCAUACAUGGACUAAUAAGCAACCUACUGAUCCUAUUGCUAAGAAGCUUGAUAGGUUGCUAAUAAACUCCCCUCUGAUCUCUGCCCUGCCCCAAGCCGUUGCUUCAUUCCAUCCUACCUUAACCUCUGAUCAUACCCCUUGUAUCCUUGACCUAGCCUUUACCCUCCCUAAAGUUGGAACCUAUCCCUACAAAUUCCAAAACUACCUAACCAAGCACCCUAAGUUCGCCGAGGUGAUUCGAGAAGCCUGGUUUCAUGCUGGAAGUCUGUGCCAAACAUUAACACAACUGUGUUGGAAGCUCAAGCAAAUAAAGAGAGACUUAAAACUAUUAAACAGAGAGAACUACUCACAGAUUCAGGAGAGGGUUAAUGACACUUACAGUUUGCUUAAACAUGUGCAGGUAAGGGCGUUGGCUGAUCCAACUCCUCAGACUUUCCAAGAAGAAAGAGACCUCCAUCAAAAAUGGUUGUUCCUGCGUGAAAUAGAAGAAGCUUACUUUAGGCAAAAGUCAAGGAUAAACUGGUUGACAGAGGGGGAUUUGAACACUUCGUACUUCCAUCGCAUAUGUCAAGUUAGAGCUUCCAUUAACGCUAUCCGUGCGUUCCUCACUGAUGCGGGAGACUGGAUCUAUGAUCCAAUGGAGAUGAGUAUGCAUGCUCUGGCCCAUUUUCAAUCCGUCUUGGCCCCCAUGGUUCUCUUUCGCUCCCCUACCUCUACUGACGCCCGUUGGUUUCAUGAGCUGCAAACUUAUCGUGUAUCAAGUGACCAAGCUCUGUUGAUGGAGACCGUCCCUUCCUCUGACGAGAUCAGGUCCCUCAUGUUCAAAUUGAACCCCAACAAAUCCCCUGGUCCUGAUGGGCUUACUUCGGGCUUCUUUAAAGCGGCGUGGGAAGUGCUAGGCGAUGAAGUGAUAGGAGCUACUGCUUUUGUAAAAAGGCGAUUAAUCGUAGAGAACUUGGUACUAGCUAGUGAGCUUGUUAAUGGCUACCACAAGAACAAAGGGAGUAAGAGAAUUACCAUUAAAGUCGAUAUUGCAAAGGCAUUUGACACCCUCUCUUGGGACUUUCUCUUCGCGUGUUUGGAAGGAUUGCACAUGCCCGCUCAGUUUCUCAGAAGACUUAAAGCCUGCAUUUGUACACCCAGCUUCAUGUUAGGGUAUAAUGGCACAGUGAACGGGUAUUUUAAAGGCAAAAGGGGGCUGCGGCAGGGAGAUCCUAUGUCUCCCUAUCUCUUUGUUAUUGCAAUGAACUGCUUAUCUCACAUGCUAAACAAAGUGGCAGAGCAAAAUCGAAUGGGAUAUCAUGCUAAGUGCAGAAAGACAAAGUUAACGCACCUUUCUUUUGCAGAUGAUCUUUUAAUUUUCACAGAUGGCUCGAUCGAAUCUGUGCAGUGUGUUCUCCAAGUACUUCGUGACUUCGAAGAAAGAUCAGGCCUGGUUGGAGAUGUUGAGAACCAUAAUUCAGCAAGAGUUGCUUGGAGUACUGCCGUGUUGACUAAAGAGCAGGGAGGACUUGGGAUAAAGGAUUUACAGACCUGGAAUCUUGCAUGCUGUUUACGGCUGAUAUGGCUUUUGUUCUUCAGACCAGACUCUGUCUGGAUAACGUGGUUCAAGGAGGUUGUGCUUCAAGGCUCUAUACAUAACUACUGGUCCACAAACCCAAAGACUUCCUUCUCCUGGCUUUCAAACAAACUUCUUAAGCUCAAGAGUGUGGUGUUUCCACUCAUCCGACUUCAGAUCCAGAAUGGGCGAUCGGGGCGGUUUUGGUUUGACAACUGGAGUCCUUUUGGCUCUCUUGACACUUACCUAGGGGCCUUGGUUUCAAGACUAGGCAUCAACCGUAACGCCACUGUUGCUUCUCUGAACAGGAACGGAUCCUGGCUCCUCCCAAACGCAAGAUCUGAAGAGCAACUGAACCUCCUGGCAUUCAUCACAACUGUCCAACUUAACUCUCAACCGGACUACUACGAGUGGGUAAUUGAAGGGAAAGUCAGUGAAGAAUUCAAAACAGGGGAGGUUUAUCACUACCUGAGAGGUGAAUUCCCAGCUGUCCCUUGGACAAAAGCGGUCUGGCCCUCUAAAAGCAUUCCUCGACAAAACUUCCAUUGCUGGUUAACGACACUAGACCGAUUGCCAACUCGUGAUCGAAUGAUUGGAUGGGGUCUACCAGUAAGCCCUCUCUGCCUCUUAUGUAACUCUAGCGCUGAAUCACGCAAUCACCUCUAUUGGGAAUGUAGCUUCUCAUUUGAUCUAUGGAACCGAGUUGCGCUGAGAUGUGGCAUAUCUCCUUCUCGUGACUAG